AUGGCGACUCAUUUGGACCCAGAAGCCUCGGCAAUGGCCGCGCCCGCCCGCAAGCGCCUGGCUCGAUCAGCGGCCUCCAUUCGUGUUAAAUCACUCUCCUCGGGCAUCAUGCAGGAUGAAAUUCCGUUGCAUAGCAAGAGCGAGGCCGAGCUCACCGACUUUGUCACCACGGACCCCGUCGGCACGGUCAAGGCAAGCCUGGCGGUCAUUUUGGCUCCCCAAUGUCCUCAAGCCGCCUUUCUUGACCCAGCUGCGCAACCGGCUCACCCGAACCAUCAUGUGUUGAAGGAGCUGCUCCAGGCACAGCGCUUCUCCAGCGCCAUGCUGGACAUGAAUGUUGCCCUCAUGGAAACCAACGACCUGACUCAGCUCAUGACAAACAUUAUGCAACAUGCGGCCGAUCUGAUGGAUUGCGAGCGCUGUUCCAUCUUCAUG